GGUGAAUGUUUUGUUUGUAAACAAAAAAAUUGCAGCAAAACAGUGCAAAAUUAAAAACCGAUUUUAACCGAUUUAGAUAAUAAAAAUAGUAAAGUAAAUUUAUUUUGAAGAUGCCUAGAAAUUUAUGGGGCGAGUUUUGCGAUGAUGAAAAACCUGCUCAGAAUGAUAUGAACAAAGUUGUGCCGCUCAGUGCAAAAAGAGUCAAGCUAUCUGAAGUACAAAAUCAAUUACCAGUUGAAGUAAACAAAAAUGUAACAGUUAAAGUAAAGAAUCCCUUGGUUACCCAGACCAUUGAAGUGAUGAAACAGACCGAAAUGUUGCAGUCAUUGAUUGACACAUAUUCCAACAAAUCGGGCUCAUCGAAUUACCUUUUAAAUCCCUGUCAAAUGAUACCAGAAGUAGACUUCCCCCCAGAGAAUGUAGCAGAUUUUGUUUCAGAUGAUAAAUUCACAAAACCAAUUUGGUUUGUUCCUCCACAAGACACAAAUUUUGCCAAAGGAGUACCACAAAAUUACCCCAAAGUUACAUCAGAAAUAUGUCGGGCAUCAUUGCGUAAAGCCGUUUGUGGUCAAAUGCGUGUGGCUGGCUUUACAGACACAGCAGAAUCGGCACUGGUACUGUUUGCAGAUGCCUGCGAAGAAUUUAUGCGAAAUUUAUUACAAAGUGUGCGUGAAGUUCAUGCUAACGAUGCCAAAUUGGAAACACAGCGUGACAUUGAAGUUAAAAAUUUGGAAAAGGCAUACUACUCAAUGACCAAUAAUUCGUUGACACAGGUCCACAACUAUUUUAAGCAUCACUUAAUCGCCAAGAAUCGCAUGGAAAUUGCCGAAUUCAAUGGGGUCUUCCAAGAAUACGAUAAACUCAUGAAAGAAAGUCAGAGUAUGCAGAAGGAAGAAUUCCAGGAGGGUGAUUUUAUGAACAUUUUUGAAAUUCCUUCAACAUCAGAUGGCAAUAAUUUAGGUAUGCAGGAUUUUUCGAAUGCCACAACCGUUAUGGGAACAUCUGGUAUGACAAAUAAUGUCAAUAUAGUCAAUCAAAAUACUCUAAUGAGCCUUUUGGAUGGACAAAAUCAAAUAACCAUACAGCAACCCGAUAGCGGUGCGCAGUCAACAGUGGAAAUGCAAACAUAUACGACAGAUAUUAAUACACAUUUUCAAAAUCAGGAACAAUAAAAUGAAAAUAAACAUUA